AGCAUGUUAAUCUCACAAACACACCUUCUUAUGCUCCCUCUUACACCCCAUUUUUGGGCGUUUCUGCCUCUUCAUUGCUUCUUUCUCAAUUUUCCUUUUUUUUCUUUGUUAUUGCUUCAACUUAUCUAAUUUUAUCUCUUUUUUUUUGGUACAUAUUUUCUGCUUUUAUGUUGUGAGGUUUAUGGGAUGGGUGGAGUGAAGCUGCAACUUGUUUGUUUGGUGCUGGAAUUAUGUGCCUUUGCUUUCUCUAAGGGAUCUGCAGGCGUCAGUUUAUCGCCCUCUCCGUCAGCAUCCUCUGCAGUUCCUCCUGUUGAAGAGGGAAUACCCUCUUUUGUCUCUCAUGGGAAUGCAUCCACAAGUAAUGCACCUGCUCCUGCAUUUGAGUUAAAUGUAACAUCUCCUCCUGCAAAUGUCUUUCCACCACUGAUGUCCCCCCCUGUCCCUCCACCGAGAGAAGUUCUUACACCGUCUCUGCAACCAAGUGCACCCAUAAUAUUGCCACCACCUAGUUCAGCUCCGCCCGCAAUCAAUUCAGCCCCACCACAAAUUGUUUCUCUACCAUCUCCUCCUCCUCCAAUAGUGUGGAAUGAUCCCGCUCCAGUUCUGCCUCCGAGUGCUCCUAAGAGAGAGCAUCGACAUACUGAACAGCCUGUUGUUGUUCCAGAAGCUCCAGCACCAGUCUCGUCACCUGGAAGGAAAUCUACUGAAGAUGCACCAACUAAAGCUCCACCGCUACCUGGAUCUAUGCCACCCAGUGAGAGCAAGUCUCCAGAGAGUCCUCUCCCCUCAAUUGCCCCGGUCCUGAAUGCGCCUGCUCCAAGGGGAAAGCCGCGAAAUUCACUGCCCACCCCCCCAAGAAAUCCAGAAAUUUCACCAUCCAUUCCACCAGUCCUGAAUGCACCUUCUCCAAGGGGAAAGCCACAAAAUCCUCUGCCCACCCACCCAAUCAUUCCAGAAGUUUCACCAUCUAUUCCACCAGUCCUUAAUGCGCCUUCUCCAAGGGAAAAGCCACAAAAUCCACUGCCCGCCCGGCCAACCAAUCCAAAAGUUUCACCAUCUAUUCCACCAGCGACAGUUGCACCACCUCCGAGGAGGUUGCCUAACAAUUCACCACCCAGCCAUCCAAGACAUCCUCUAAAACCUCCAUCCGUUUCACCAGUUAAGCAUGAUAUAUCCCCUGUAUCAACUCCGUGGCCAAGCAUCAACCGUAAAAGAGCAAUUGCUCCAACUGUUGCACCUACUAAGGGAAUGAACCAUCAGCAUCCAGCAAAAGGAUUGUCAGUACCACCGAUGCUUGCGCCUUUAACUUCUCCAGAAAGUCAUGAUUCUCCUGCAAUAUCACCGUCUCCAAGUGCUUCAUCUAGACCAACUAAAAGUAAGAAGCCAUUUCUUUCCCCUAAAAUGUCUCCCUCUGGGUCUUCACCAAGGCAUCCAAAGAUACCGCAUCCAUUUCAAGCACUACCACCUCCACCUCCUAAUGAAGAUUGCGCUUCAUUGGCUUGUGCGGAGCCUUUCACAAAUGGUCCACCCAAAGCACCUUGUGUUUGUGUCUUGCCCAUGCGAAUUGGACUACGCCUUAGUGUAGCACUCUACACAUUCUUCCCUUUGGUUUCAGAGUUAGCUACAGAAGUUUCUGUUGGGGUAUUUAUGGAUCCAAGUCAAGUUCGUAUAAUGGGAGCAAAUUCAGCCAGCCAGUAUCCAGAAAAGACCAUUGUCCUUAUUGAUUUGGUACCCCUCGGAGAAAAAUUUGAUAACACUACAGCAUUUAUGAUAUCACAAAGAUUCUGGCACAAACAAGUUGUUAUAAAAUCACUUUUUGGUGAUUAUGAUGUAUUAUAUGUGCAAUAUCCAGGUCUUCCUCCCUCUCCACCUUCAGCAGCUUCAGACAUUGAUACCAUAGGUAGCCAACCAUAUCCUGGUGAUAAUAACGGAAGGACCAUACAGCCCCUUGGAGUUGAUGUGAGGGGGCAACAGCAUAAAAGUGGGCCGAAUCGGAGUGUCAUAGCAGUAAUUGUGUUGUCAGCCUCUGUCACAGUUAUUUUAUGUUGUGCCGUUGCAUGGGUUUUGCUUUUCAGACAUAGAGAUCACGGAUAUCAGUUAGAACCAACUCCACCAACUACAUUACCAUCCCUUGCAAAGUCAUCAGGGAUUGCAGCCUCCAUGAUUGGGAGUAGGCCGAACUCUCCUACAUUAUCCUUUAGUUCAAGCUUUGCUGCUUAUACUGGUUCAGCUAGAACAUUUUCUUCAAUGGAAAUUGAUAGAGCAACUGACAGCUUCAAUGAAGCAAGAGUACUAGGUGAAGGGGGAUUUGGUCGUGUUUAUAGUGGUGUGCUUGAUGAUGGGAUGAAAGUGGCAGUGAAAGUCCUCAAGAGAGAUGACCAACAGGGUGGUCGUGAAUUUUUGGCUGAAGUAGAGAUGCUUAGCCGCCUCCAUCAUAGGAACUUGGUCAAGUUGAUAGGUAUAUGUCUUGAGGAGCGCAGUCGCUGUUUACUUUAUGAGCUCAUCCCAAAUGGCAGCGUGGAAUCUCACCUUCAUGGUGUUGACAAGGAAAAUUCUCCACUUGAUUGGAAUGCCCGAAUGAAAAUAGCACUUGGUGCUGCCCGAGGCCUGGCCUAUUUACAUGAAGAUUCCAGUCCCCGUGUCAUACACAGGGAUUUUAAGUCUAGUAACAUCUUACUGGAACAUGAUUUCACCCCGAAAGUGUCUGAUUUUGGUUUGGCUAGAGCUGCAUUAGAUGAAGGAGAAAGACACAUAUCCACUCGAGUCAUGGGAACUUUUGGGUACGUAGCUCCAGAAUAUGCUAUGACAGGGCAUCUACUUGUAAAGAGUGAUGUUUACAGCUAUGGUGUUGUCCUUCUUGAGCUGCUAACUGGAAAAAAGCCAGUGGAUAUGUCUCAGCCACCAGGUCAAGAGAAUUUAGUGGCUUGGGCACGCCCACUCCUAACGAGUGAAGAAGGUCUGGAGUUGAUUGUGGACCGUAAUUUGGGGCCUGAUUUCCCUUUCGAUGACAUUGUAAAAGUAGCUGCUAUUGCGUCAAUGUGUGUUCAACCAGAGGUAUCACACAGACCUUUCAUGGGUGAGGUUGUCCAGGCCUUAAAGCUGGUAUGUAACGAAUGCGGACAGACAAAAGACGUAGUGUCUCGAAGUUGUAGCCAAGAUAAUCUGUCUAUUGACAUGGAUACUAGGAUUAGUACAACUUCAAGCCAAGUCCUGAACCCUAUACAACCUCAAUCCCCAGUUUCUAACUCUGACAGUGAGCUGGAUGUUGAGAGGGGACUUUCAAUGUCAGAUUUACUGAGUCCGUUAGCAAGAUACGGAAGGCAAGAAUCUGAUUCAUUUAGGAGGUAUUCUAGCUCAGGUCCUCUGAGAAAAGGAAAAACCAGGAGGCUAUGGCAGAAAAUGAGAAGAUUAUCUGGAGGUAGUUUGAGCGAGCACGGCGUGAUGUUUGGGUUACGGCCUGGAUCCCACUAAUUGAAGUUUUCAUCUUUGAUUUUGAUAAAUGUUUCUGCAAAAUGUCAAUUUUCGCCAUCCAUGCUGGAUAUACUAGAUUGAGCAUGGAAUUGUACAGCACCUUCUUUAUCAAGACAUAGAAUGAGGAAGCAAACACCAACAUACUCAAAUUGUCCUGAAUGCUAUCGCGUAAUCCAUGAGUAUGAUAAACCCUCCGCCAAAAGCUGGGAAGAACUGUGCGCGACAAGAUAUCUGAAUAGUGAUUUCAUCUUAUGUAAGAAGAUUGUAUUUAUUGUAACAUGCUAAUUGUUCAUAAAAGGAAUCAUAGUUCUUUAUCUUCUGGUAUUGAGUUUGAACCUUG